GGUCUAACUUAUCUAACGGUUAUUAAGUAUGACAGAACUUGACUAAAUGCAUGUGGGUAAUUUAUAUACGACAUUCAAAUGACGCGAGAAUAAAUAGGGACACGGAGACAUUUGGCGCCCUCAUUAAUAGAUACAUUUCCCCCGUGUUAGUAUUGCGAAUAUAAACAAUGUUUUAUAUAUUGUUAAUAUUUUUUGGCUUGGUUCACACGAGUUUUGCUUUGGGAGAUUUAAUACCAUCAGAGAAAGUACCAAUAUCUGAUGACGAUCGAAAAGAUGUAUCAAAAAACCCAGAGAUAAACUACGAAAAGAUAGUGGGCGGUGUUGAGACAGAUAUAGAGAAACGCCCAUAUCAGGUGGCUCUGAUAUUGGACAACAAAUACUUCUGUGGUGGAUUUAUCAUAAGUGAGAAUUAUGUUUUGACUGCGGCACAUUGCGCUGAAGGAAUCUCUCCAGAAAACGUGACAAUGCGCGUCGGUAGUUCAUGGCGAAGGAAUGGCACUAUAGUUCCCAUAUCAGAGGUGUGGACACAUCCGCAGUACGGACAACCUACGUUCGAUAAAGACGUCGCUGUGCUCAAGACAGCUUCUCCCAUGGAGUUCAAUGACUAUGUUCAACCAGUAGCUUUGCCUCCUUUAGGCCGACCUAUGGUGGGCGGAACUGAUAUUGAAGUCAGCGGUUGGGGGCGGACUCAGCAAGGAGCCCCUUCAAUACCCGAGAGGUUGAUGGAAGUGACUAUUCCUGUAGUAAACUAUUACCAGUGCUUCUUGUCAUACUAUGCUUACUUGACGAAGAAUAUGUUUUGUGCCGGUAACUUCUUUUUGGGAGGAAAGGGAACUUGUCAGGGUGACUCCGGUGGAGCAGCAGUUCAAGAUGGUUACUGUGUUGGCAUAGUAUCAUUCGGUCGUGGUUGUGCGCAACCAUUAUCGCCAAGUGUGUUCGCCAACAUCGCUCAACCCGAUAUAAGGAAUUUCAUUAAAGAACAUACCGGUUUAUAGAAUAAUUGAAACGGCAACCCUGGACGGUCUCAGAUCAAUUAGACUCUCGGUCUUGCCCUCAAUAUCCGUUUCUCUUAUCUUGCAAUUUUCUCAAGUCAACUGGAUCUACUUUUUUAUUUGAAAGUACUUGCUCAUUGUAAAGUAAAGUGGUAUAAAAUUGUGAGACACGAUUAUUUCGAAUGCUUAUAAUUUUUUAUCAGAUAUUUAAAAAUAGCUUUCGAUAAUUACUAUUAUCAAUUUUAUUAUUAUAAAUGCGAAUGUGAGUUUGUUUAUUUGUUACUCAUUCAUGUCUAAACCGCUGAAUCUAUUGUAGUGAAUUUUAGUAUAGAGAUAGUCGGGAUCCUGGAGGUUGUUAUUAGGUUACUUUUUUUUAAAUUGCUUGUAUUCAAAUAUCGGCUCAUUCAAAAAUAUUUAAUACAUAUACAUAUAUAUAUAUAUAUAUAUAUAUAUAUAUAUACAUAUAUUGUUAAAAUUGCAACAGUUCAUUUUAUGGGACACUUUAAGGGUUUAACGAGAACCUUGGGUAAGAUUUUGCUAUACAUUGGCCGGAGACCCCAGAAGUUAUUUCGUUAAGGGCCUACACAGUUGAGGGACAGUCCCCGGGGCAUUUUUAACUUGGCCCCUUUAUUAGAUGCUUUUUAUUGAAAGAGUCAUGUUGUCUUUCUGUCCUUUUGUCAUCGUAUCAUGCUUAUUUUUUUAUAUUUAGUACGACAUUUAAUCACAAAAAUAAAGUAAAAAAAAAAAAAAAACUAAGAGCAUUAAAGUUAAAAUUAAAAGUAUUCCAGACAAAUUUUUUAUACCAUAAAGGUGGUAACCAAGCAUACAGCCCGUCUGAUGGUAAACGGUUACUGUAGCCUAUGGACGCCUGCAACACAAGGGGUUUCACGCGCGCGUUGCCGACCCUGAAGAAACUUUACUAUACCCUUUUUGAAGUACCCCAAUAUUAUAUCUGGAGUGUCUCUAACGCUUUUAAAUUUUAUACCUGUAUUUUAUGCAUCGUAAUAAAAAGAGUUUUUUUGAAAUAUUUAAAUUCUUUUAAAAUUUAAAUAAGGACAUUGUACUUAAUAAAGUGUGCCUCUCGUCUGCGUAGGCAGACCUCCGAGUAAUUAACAUACAUAUGUUAACUUCGGAGGUUGAAUUUACUGUUAAAAUUGUAUUUGUAAAUUUACCUAUAAUAAUAUAUUUAUGAAUAUUAAACUAUGGUUUAAAAAUAAACA